ACGACGCCCGGCUUCCGGCUCGUGGGCGACGCCGCCAUCUCCGCCGACGACCUGGGCUGGAGCUGCGCGCUCAUCGACGGCGUGCUCGAGUUCGAGACGCCGACGCUCGACGAGUGCGCGUGGCUGAGCCAGCGGUUGGCGGAGUGCGGAAAAGUCGACGCCGUCGAGCUCUUCGCGUCCAAGGCGCUGGGCGCCUGGGGCGAGUUCCGCGAGGGGGCGACGCCCUACGCCGACGACCGCUGGGACUUUGACGUCGACGCGCUGCGCCGCGACGGCUACGCGAUCCUGCGGGGCGCCGCGCCCGAGUGGCGCGCGGCGGCGGCCGGCGCCGCGGCCGCGGGCGCGGGCAACCUGACGGGCCAGGGCCACGACCUGCGCACGGACCGCGUCCACUGGGUCGACGGCUCCGCGGCGCCGGCCUUCGCGGGCGCCGUCGGGGCGCUCAAGUCCGUCGCCGCGUACCUCAACGGCCACUUCGUCGACGGGCCGGGCUUCCUAUGCCGGGGCCCCGCGCCGCCGGCGGCGCCGGCGACGGCCGACGCGCCCCUCACGGUCACGAGGCACGUCCAGCUGGCGACGUACCGGCCCGAGGUCGACGGCUCGGGCGGCUACACGCUCCACUCGGACAACGGGCCCGCGAGCCCGGGCAAGGCGAAGAAGAACGGGCGGCACGCGACGGCCAUAUUGUACCUCAACGAGCACUGGGACGCGGCCGACGGCGGCGCCCUCGAGCUCUACCCGGACUCCGUGGACGACGCGGCCGUGCAGCGAGUGCUGCUCGGGCAGGCGGGCCGCGCGUGGACGCCCGCGGACGAGCGGAAUCUGGAAGCCGCGCUCGCCGGCCACCGCCGCGUCGACGUCUGGCCCGAGGCGGGCACGGUCGUCGUCUUCGACUCGCGCCUCGUCCACACCGUGCGGCCCGCGAAGCGCGACCGCCGCGCGCUCACGCUCUGGAUGUCCAAGCCCGCGGACGGCGACAUGCUCCCCGUGGACCGCGGCGAGGUCUACAACGACUUCGCGGGCAGCGCGGGCGCCAUGGACGACUACGUGAAAGACUGGGCGCGGGCCGGGUCCGUGGGGCGCUGCGGGUCGGACCACUGCGACUGGAUGAAGGCCUUCGGCGCCAUCGACGUGGGCUGCACCUUCGACGUCGGGCGCAUCGGCCUCAACGUCAAGGACGCGGCGCGCGGCGGCCGCGGCCCCGAGCUCGUGUUCACGUUCGGCGACGGCGCGACGUUCGCCGCGGGCAACCGCGACCGGCGGGCCCACGACCGCUUCCUGCGCCGCCCCGCGGUCUGCGAGUACGCGCCCGGCGCCGCGACGAAGCCGCAACGCGGCGGCCCCGCGCUCCUCAUGGCCCACGGCCAGUACCUCGCGUCCAUGUACGUGACCUGCGACUCCAUCGCCGACAAGUGCCCGGACUUUGGCUUCGGCACGACGAACUGCGACCGCUUCGGCGCAAAGCCGCGCCUCGCCGACAAGAUCGCGCACCACACGAUCAAAGAAGGCGACCCGGACGGCCUCCGCGAAUUCCACUACCGGUCGUCGAGCGGGCACGACGUGACGUUCGAGGUCGAGAACGCCAUCUUCUUGGAGGGGACGGGCCACAGCCUGACGCACACGCAUUUGGAGCACGUCACGAACGAGCGCUACCUCGAGGCGCUCGGCAUCCUCGGCCGCGACACGCGGCGGCACCCCUGGAACGCGUCGGGCUACUAA